AUGGAUAGGCUUAAGUUCAAUUAUUUAUUUGCUUACAAGUUUUAUAAGGUAUUCAAACGCUCUGGAUAUAAUAAAGAUUUCAAAAUCUAUAGAAAAUCACUAGGCAGAUUCAAGUUCUUUAUUCCCGAUAAGGACUUUGAGUUUAAUCAUAUAAUAUUAGUUGAUAUACUUUACAUCAAUAAUAAUUGUAUCUUAUAUAUUAUCAAUAAAACUAUACGUUUUCAGGCAGCUAGAUAA